AUGGCCACAAUUACGGGAACUAAAGCGAUUGCUAACACUACUACACCGCUCCGAGUUCUUGUGACCGGAGGACUCGGCUUUGUGGGUUCUGCGAUCAUUCGAGCAUUCACAGAGCAACAUCCCGAAUGGGACUUGUAUAUCCUCGACAAGGCGCUACGUACGGAGCCUGAGCCUGACGAAGACGACCCGCUCGAUCUACUUGGAAGUUGUAAGUUCGUCUACUUGCAGGCUGACAUCACAGAUGAAGAGCAGGUGAGAAGGACGCUCGAAGAGGUGCAACCUCAGGUGGUUGUGCAUACGGCAGGCAUGAUUCCUGGCCUAAGUGAGCGAUAUCUGCGACGUCUCGAGGGUGUAGUGCGCAGGGUCAACGUUGAUGGCACCCGACAUGUGGUGGAUGCAGCAAGAAAUAAUGGAUGUAGAGCAUUAGUCUACACGAGUAGCUGCACUGUUGUGACUGAUGAUCUGGACGGAACAUUCCCGAAUAUCGAUGAACGUUGGCCAGUAUCGAAGAAAUCAUCCAUCUACGGUGAGAGCAAAGCGGAGGCAGAGCAGAUUGUUCUGAGCGCAAACACCCCACCAACAACUGCUCAGAUGAACCAGUACCAAAGUGUUGGUAAUCAUGGUGGCCUUCAGGAACAUUCAAUGUCCACUUGUGUGCUCAGACCAUCGGUGAUUUUCGGAGAGGGUGACAAUCAGCUCAUACCAUCAAUCCACGCCUGUAUCCAGAAAGGGGAAACUCGUUACAGAAUCGGAGACGGGAACAACAUGUGGGACACGGUCUACGUGGGCAACGUGGCCGAUGCACAUGUGCUUGCCGUUGAGAAUCUGUUGCUCCAUCAGCCAAGCUCGGGCUCGGAGGAGAGUAACCAUACUCGACGAGUGGACAAUUUGGGAAGUGGUGGCGGUGAGAGUGGUAGUGCCGCAGGCGAGACAUUCUUUAUCCAGAACAACCAGCCGAUUCCAUUUCGAGACUUCAGCCUUGCCAUUUGGAGGGAGUUUGGACACAUCCCACCAGGGUUGGAGAUUCCCAUCCCAGAGGGAUUGGCGUGGAUACUGGGCCUUGUCGCGGAAGCCUUCACGCGAGUCUCUGGGCAAGCGACCACCCUGUGUCGUGGUAGCGUACGGGACGCUUGUGCGGUACGGUAUGCCUCUGGUGACAAGGCUCGAAAGAUACUCGGUUAUCGUCCUCGAAUAGGGCUGGAAGCGGGCCUGAAGAGAAGUUGUCGGGUGAGUCCACUUUCAGAGUCGUACGAUGGUGAUCAUGUUCCAUGUUUUUAUUUUUCGGUGGACCGUUGUUCAGAACGGGUGCAUGUGACCAUGCAAGGCUGCGUUUCGGGGUACUAA